AUGGAAAAGCGUCCAUCUUGUUACUCAUGUAUUCGUGUGAAUACACUCAAGUCAACAAGUGAUGCUGUUAUUGAAAAGUCAUCGGAAAGUCUGCAGGAAACGGGGCAACAAAGCGCUAUUGAUGACAUGAACCAAAGUGAUGCCAAUGCUGGAUAUAUUAUGGGCCAGGAGCAUAAAUUUUUUGUUAAAGAAUCUAAUACUUCCCCAUGUGAUUCUAACCAGGCAGCUUUGGCUGUCUCUGAAAGUUCAGGACCACACAAUAUCAGUUAUGCUCAUGCACAAGACAAACCUCUAAAGGAAAUAAUUGUUAGCUGUAAAUGCGCUGAGGCUGUACUUCGCGGUGCUCAGGUUUGUGGGGAUUGCGGUAUAUAUGUUCCUGGUGUAUUGGCUUGUAGUGCUCACGUUGAGAAAGGGGAUGCAGUUGCAGUAUCAGUUGAUGUGGAGCAGCUUGGAUAG